AGGGUUUACGUGUUUGUGCGUCCAUGCUGAGGAAACUAACUGCGCUUAAGGUUUAGGCCGUUCUCAGCCUUUAACUAGAAAAUACAUUUUUUUCUGCGUAACUUUGUCGAGAGGAGAAAUACUCAAACGUAGGUGAAUUAUUCAACAUUACGGAGUUUGGAUCUCUAUCAAGAAUAAAGCAUGCCGGGGCUCAGCUGUAGAUUUUACCAGCACAAGUUCCCGGAAGUGGAGGAUGUGGUAAUGGUGAACGUACGCUCCAUCGCAGAGAUGGGUGCCUAUGUCAGCCUGCUGGAGUACAACAAUAUCGAGGGUAUGAUCCUGCUGAGCGAGCUCUCUCGGAGACGAAUCCGCUCCAUAAACAAACUCAUCCGCAUCGGCCGCAACGAGUGCGUGGUGGUCAUCAGGGUGGACAAGGAGAAAGGUUAUAUUGAUUUAUCCAAAAGGAGAGUUUCUCCAGAAGAGGCCAUCAAGUGUGAAGACAAAUUUACAAAAUCCAAAACUGUGUACAGUAUCCUGCGCCACGUGGCUGAAGUGCUGGAGUACACUAAGGAUGAGCAGCUGGAGAGUCUCUUCCAGAGGACGGCCUGGGUAUUCGAUGAGAAGUACAAGAGACCUGGAUACGGUGCCUACGAUGUCUUCAAACAGGCUGUCUCAGAUCCAUCAAUUCUUGAUGGGCUGGACUUGACUGAGGAGGAGAGGAAUGUUCUAAUCGACAACAUCAACAGGCGACUUACCCCACAGGCUGUGAAGAUCAGAGCAGAUAUCGAAGUGGCCUGCUAUGGUUAUGAGGGAAUUGACGCAGUGAAAGAGGCUCUAAGGGCAGGCCUGAACUGCUCUACUGAGGCCAUGCCCAUUAAGAUCAAUCUGAUUGCUCCACCACGGUACGUCAUGACCACGACCACACUGGAGAGAACUGAAGGCUUGUCCGUCCUCAACCAGGCCAUGGCUGCCAUCAAAGAGAAGAUCGAAGAGAAGAGGGGUGUCUUCAAUAUCCAAAUGGAGCCGAAGGUGGUGACAGACACCGAUGAGACAGAGUUGGCCCGGCAGCUUGAGAGACUGGAGAGGGAGAAUGCUGAAGUGGACGGGGACGACGACACGGAAGAGAUGGAAGCCAAGACAGAAGAUUAACUACACCAUGUCCUGGGCCCACACAGACAGCUGUCUUCGAGUUAGAACACACAGACUCGACUCAGUGUUUGAACAUAGCCUAGAAACUACUUCACUUGAAAGUAUUUUGAACACCAAUGCAUUCGAACUGUUAAAUGAACUAGGAUUUUUACUUUAAUGCCUUGGCUGUGGCCUUUUUUUCCCUGAACAAGACCUGAUUUUACUCUUUCUUCAAGAUAUAAUUCUGCUGUGGGUGGUGUUUACUGCAGGGGGAGUGAGGGAUGGAUGGAUUCAUUUAUUGAAACCUUGCUGGGGUUGCUUUACAGAGAUUUGUUGAGCAGAAAUGCUGUGGUUGACUGCCCAUUAUACCAUUAAAGCUCUGGAAAUUUUCAAUAAAACAGUUUGAAGGAA